AACCUUAGCACUCGCCCUCACUGUCGAUGCCUAGGCCUCCCGGAAGGUUCUUUCAUUUCUUAGGGUUUGCACUGAUUUUGAUUUGACCUUGCCCUCUAAAUUACUGCCCUUCCACACCUCUCAUAAUUUCUCCCCUCCAACACAAAACAUCAUCAUUUUCAUCACGCCUUUCCAUCCUUCUUCAACCCCAAACCAUUUUCGUUCAUUCGUACUCUCAUACGACAUCUCCAAGCUUGCGACCCGUGUUUAAUUCAUCGGUUCUUCCGUUUGAAACACGUUUCGCAUAUUCGGCGCAGUCGUAAAAAAAAUCUGUUAUUUGAUUCCCUUUUCAUAUUGCGUUUCUUCCUUCAUAUCGCGUCCAGACUUUGGUCUGAUCACGUAUACCUCCUCGUUCCUUCUACUUCAUCAACCCCUCUUUCAAUUAUCACCUCACUGCCAUCUGUGAAUAUGCCUCCCAAGAAGGCUGGUCCGCUACCCCAGGUAGCCUCGACCCGAGCUUUACGCAAGAGGCCCCCUUCUAGCACUGCCCCUCAGGAGUCUGAGACCGGAGAAAGUAGUCGCGCUCCUCAACCAAAGCGACAAAAGAAGAACUCCGAGACCUCCGAAGAGGAUGAACCCCCGAACCCUAAGCCUGCGAGGAAGCCUAGAUCUUCUGCUGCCAAGGGCACUAAGGGUAAGGGUAAAGGUAAAGCCUCAGAAAAUUCACAGCCUUCUGCCGAGUCCCCCACCGAAGGUUCUCAGGGUGGCGAUGAUGCUGAGUCCUCUGAUGAGAACCCUGAUGAUGACCCUAGCAAUGGGCUGGACACGAGUCUGGCUCCUAUUUCAAGCCCUGACGAUGCCUUCUACGACAUGGUAAGCAAGAAGCUGCAAAUAUUGGCGCGCGCCGAUACUUUCUCACUCCGUGUCGCGACUAUGUGCUCUGGCACCGAAGCCCCAAUUGUCGCCUUGGACAUGAUUCGUGAGAUGUUCAAUCGUCACAUGCCCGAGAAAGAAGCUUUUCGUUUCAACCACAUCUUCAGCGCCGAGAUUGAACUUUUCAAGCAGUCGUACAUUGCCCGAAACUGCGAAGGCUCAAUUCUGUUCAAGGAUGUCCUCGACUUUGUCGACCCGAAAGACGGCAAAGCACCUACCGCGAUGGGUUCGAUGGAAACGAUUCCUGGCGACAUUGACCUCCUCAUUUCCGGUUGCUCUUGUGUGGAUUUUUCUACGCUCAACACCCAGAAGCAGAAAGACUUCGUGACAGAUGUGGUCGAAACAAAGAACAGACUCGAGAAAAUUGCGGCCGAUGGGUCCUACCAGGCAGAUCGUGAUUUCGAGAUGGUCAAGGAACUGUGGGACAUGACCACUGAAUUCAUCAAGGAUCUGGGCUCCUCCGGCCAAACAUUUUUUGGAAUGAUGCACUAUGUCCGAAACUACCGUCCAAAGAUUGUGAUCCUCGAAAACGUUUAUGGAGCUCCCUGGGCUAAGGUUAAGAAUGUGUGGUUUCCAUUUGUCGGAUAUGCCGCUAAACAUAUCGCUCUGGACACGAAGAACUUUUAUAUCCCGCAAACCAGAAAACGUGGUUACCUAAUAGCACUCGACUUGAAUGUAUUCGGAGGCGAGUUGGCGACAAUUAUCCUCAAUGAGUGGGAAUGUCUAAUGACGAAGGACCUUCCGAGAAGAGCAUCUACUCCCAUUAGUCUCUGGCUACUGCCUCCUGCCCAUCCCCUGACGGAGCGAGCUCGUCAGGCUGAUUCAGAAAAGGCACUAAAUCGUUUAUCCAAGGAUGCUGAUUGGGAGCGCAGCAAGGUCCGUCACGUACGAUUCCGUAAGACUAAAGGGAUUGGCAACGAGCGACCGCUCACACACUGGGGCCAGCAAGGUCAACCCUAUGAUCGCCUUGACCGACUUAUGAUCAGUUCACAGUCGAAACGAGUUCUGGACUGUAUGGAAAUAAACCAACUUAGGACCAUGAUCAUUGGCAGAUCAAUGGUGGGGAUAUACCGCCGCUUCGAUCUAAAGUUCAAGGAUGUCGCCUUCGAUCUCAGUCAGAAUAUAGACCGCUCCGCUGACGCGCCGUUUGGUAUGGCUGGUUGUCUCACACCAAGUGGCAUACCCUUUAUAACGGGUCAAUGCAGACUCAUAUCGGGAUAUGAGACAUUGCGCCUGCAAGGUUUACCAGUCGACCGCCUUGAGUUUGCUACCGAAACCCAGGAUCAACUACGAGACCUCGCAGGUAACGCAAUGAGUACGACAGUAGUUGGUGCUGCCAUGCUAGGUCUGUUUGGGGCCAUCCAGCACGCGUCAGAAUUCCGUGGACUGAAAAAGUUCUUCACAAGGGCUUUUGAAAACAUCGCGAAGACCAGCAUUCGGCCCAUUGCAAACCCGCAACUGAAGCAUGUCCCCGAUUUCAGCACGGCCGCCACUUCGUCCUUGGGAAAUACAUCGAUCAUGGACCUAUUCCGCAGAUGCCGUCGAUAUUGUUUUUGCAACGGAUCAGCUAAGUACAGUACCAACGACUUCUUGCAAUGUACUGUAUGCUCUACCAUUCGUUGCCGGUGGUGCGCUAGAAACCCACCGCACAAGUUUGGUUCGGCAAAGAGACCUCCGAAUUUCCUGGUCCUAAAUGAAGUAGAACCUAUGCUUAUGCGCUAUUUCCCAGGGAGGAUCGUUAAUCCGAUCACUCCAUACGGCCUAUUCAAGCCAGAGAACACCCAUUGCCCUGUUGGCACGCUUUUCGCCCAUCAUAGUGAUCUCAUGUGCGAGCUCCUGUCAACUACAUUCUACUAUCGCGGUAUUCACGUCACAGAAGCUGUGACAAUCCGAUACGUUGGUCGAGCGGGUUUCGAACUUCGGGCUGUGAUGUCGGACCAUGGAAUUGAUUGGUACUUGUACCUUGACCCGUGGAGCGACCUUGGGGAAAGAUUUGGCGCGGCCCUUGAAAUAAGCCGAACAAAGAAAGGCCCGGCGUACAAGCAACUAACACAGCCCAUCGCAAAGGCUACAGUCGAACAGGGCGCGCCCAGAGUUCUCCCAGAUCCCGAAUCAUGGGUCUUCUGGUGCUUCCAGCCGCGAGAAUAUAAUGUGCAAAUUGAAGUGUCCAACAGCGCUCUAGAGAUUACUGAAGUAAGCACUAUCCCUGAUGGCUUCGCCGGCGAGAGUAUUUGGCACAGUGAGUGGGUGUGCGGGAAAUACGAUCAUCAACCCCUUUGCGAUGCACCCGAGAACAGCCUCCACGCCUGUAAAAGGAAUGGGAUGUUCCUCUUCAAGGACGUCGCGAAAAUCGAGAAGCCUACUAAAGAUGGCUAUGUUAUCUCUGAUGAAUGCCGGCCGCUAGAACCGCACGAGUAUCGAGAGGUUUAUAUGAUGUUCACGCCCAACGAGGAUCUCCGUCCACGCGAAACCGAAUCCACUAAGCUUGCUCGAGCGCGGACAAAUGGGUAUUGGUUCAAACCUGACGGUUCCGAGGCUGAUGAAUCCUCUUGUUAUGAGAAGGUGGCCUGCCAAAUUGUGGAGAGUGCCAAGGUCCCCAAUUCGGAGAAGUUUACUAUCUCCAAAGACGAGCCAGAACAGCAUGUACUUGUGGAAGCAUCCACUAUGAGAGGAAGGGAAUGCGACACUUUCAACGUCAUGAGAAAAUACAAUUCCACGGAUCAGAACGAAUGGGCUGUUGUCGAGAAGUCUGAUCUUCAACACGUUUACGACUUCAUUUCCCAUCUCAACGUUGUGCUCACUGGUACCGAAGGAUUGGGUGUUGAGUUUGAAUUGGCAGACAUUGCAGAUUCGAUAAAACCCGUAGAUGUAUGGAAGGCUGGAUAUGACCAUCGCGAGUACUGCCAGAAUCAACUCCCACGCAAACGGUACAUCCGAGCAAGCGAGACCAAAUACAUCCCUCAUCAUCAUUCCGAGCCGAUGGCUGCCUACGAACGAGACUUUAAGUCACGUACUCCGACCUUUGAAGUAAGACUUCAAUGCUCAAGUGUUGACAACGGUAUGCUUGCCGUAAGAGUUCGAUAUUUGAUUAGUCCUGGCUUCCUCGGACGCAAAGCUGCGGCGUACCUUCCCCUGACUAGGCACCACUGCACCGACUUAACUGCGCAUGUACAAGUCCAGCCCAAUGUUGUCGUAUCUGAGAAUAUACAGAUUGAUAUUCGCGGAUCAGACAAACAUAAAUUCGAGCCUUUCCGCAAGUGUUUGAAGAGCCUAGUUAAAUCCGAAUGUCACACCAAGCGUAAAGAACCGGGAAAGGUGAAAUUAACCGACUCGCAAUUGCGAUCUCUCGAUUGGAUGCUUAAGAGAGAGAGACAGAAUCAAGAAUUCGUCGAGGAAGAAAUUGAAGAAGAAAUUCUGUCUACCCUAAAGCUUCGAGCGAUUGCGCGUGCCCAACGCAAGAUUUAUCAUCAUGGCGGUAUACUGGCCGAUAAUGUUGGUUAUGGUAAAACCGUCGUUACGCUUGCGUUGGUUCUUCGUCAAAUUGAAUUCGACCAACAGACUAUGAGCCAGCGAGAGUCCGAGAAUCCGGAUUGUAUGGCCCUCCAGGCUACCCUCGUAAUUGCACCAGAUCAUCUCGUCGCGCAAUGGGCGAAAGAGGCCAACGAAUUGUUUCUCGUUGCGAAGGGUGAAAUAGUCCAAAUUACGAAGUUGUCUGACCUCGAGGAGGUCAGCAGUGGGUGGCAAAAGCUUAGGAAACUCCAGAACGCUAGGCUCAUCAUCGUGAGCAAGAAGAUCUUUCGUGAUGCGUACUAUAUGAGGCUUGCGAAAUGGGCUGGUUCGAUCGAUCCACCAAAGCUCGGCGCUAUCGACGAAAACCCCCGGCAUUAUGGUUUUUCUGACUGGUAUAACGAUGCCGUUCCCGCACUCCAACGUCAUGCGCGCAAAUUAAGGCAUCUAGUCGAAGGAAAUUUUAGCUCUGAGGGUGUCGAUGAGCUAUACCGUGAGAUCGAAGACCGGCGAAAGGAGCAACAUGCAUCUUAUGAAUCUCUCAAAACCGACUAUGAAGAUUGUAAGAAGAAGGUCGAGGAUAUUCAGCCAAAGCCCGUAACAACGAUUUCUGCUUUCAAAUCGCCGAAGGAACUAAGAGUCCCGGAGUCGGGGAACCGCUACCCACAUCUUCUGGAAAACUUCUCAUACUCUCGCGUGAUAUACGAUGAGUUCUCCUAUCGCGGAUAUCCAGUACCGGAAUUCUUUGCUGGAUUACACGCACAUGCGAAAUGGGUUUUGUCAGCGACACCUCCGACAAAGAACCUAGCGGAUGUGCAAUAUAUCGCAGACCUUCUCAACGUUCAUGUCGUACGCCCCGUCUACGAACGACAAGGCAUGCCCCGGAUUACCGAGGGGCCUAAGUUCAAAGACAUUACUAGAGCUGAAACCCUGCAAAUCCGCAAGUUUAUGUCCGACCAGAGCAUCCGUGAUAGAUACGAGAAGACCAAGAACUUCCUAGAGCUCUUUGCGAUAUCGAACCCACUCGACUUUGAGCUUGCCGGCAACAUCAAGGUCGAAGAGAAGGUUGUGGUGUGCGAGAUGAGUACCAACGAGUUUAACUUGUAUAAGGACAUGGAACAAGACAUGAAGGCCUGUGGCUUUGACGCCUAUGCGUUGCCGAAGGGAUCCCGCAAAAUCCUCCAUAGCUCUCUAGGUACCAAGGAUUGGAGUAAUGACGGCGGAGUACUCGCGCUUGAAGCACUCUUUUCCUGCUCUUCUUGGGGGAACUGGAAUCGAAGGACCCACUCGACCGAUGACCUCGUGGCUGAACGAACUAAUGUUCUCGAGAACGCAAAGGCGAUAUUCAAGUUCAACGCCGAGAAAGCUCUCUGGCUCGCGGCACGCAUCGGGGGCAGCGGCACCGAGAACAGGCCUAAUGCUAAGCUUUGUAGGUUUGACGUCUGCGCAUUACUCCAAGAUAUUUGGAAAAAGGAUCUUGAAGCCUGUGGUGGAAUCGAUGCUUGGUCCGAGAUGUGGAAGACAAUUACCGGCAAAGAAAUUAAGGAAUAUGAUGACGCGUGUGAAAAAUGUAAGGCCCAGAAUGCCGACUUCCUUUCAACCGAGGACGAGUUCGAGGAGAACUUUCUCGAAGCUGUUGCCACCGACAGAUCGACCACAUGGCAUGAUUAUUACGUGCUAGAGGAAUCGGACCUUGAUCAAAUGGAUGAACCUGAGGCAAAUAGCCUCAUCGAAGAUCUGAAGCGUUUCCAUGGGGCCAAAGUGGAGGUUUUGACUGGAACAAUUAAGAACCCCAAGGAAAAACUGAGGCAGCUGGUUAUUGAUGAAACACGAGGUCUUGCAUCGAUACCGAGAGCCGAAAUUAUUCGAGUAUUGCCUGAUCCGAAUUACGGAGGCCCGAACUUUCAUAAUCUCAAGAAGGCCGAGUAUCAAUCUCUGUGCAACGGCGUAGGCAUCGCCUACAAGGAGGCGGACACGAAAAACGUCCUCGUCGAUCGUUUGGAGCGCCACCGGGCAGGAGCGCUUGACGUCUCGGAAUACUUAUGGUACAAUAACUUCCGAAUGGAAAGACCUGGCAGGUACCCGAGAUUUUCAACGACAACCAGCGCUCGAGGAGGAAACUUCACCUACACCGGAAAUGACCUAAGCGAUACCUCCUUAGAGCUUCGGAAAGCCUGGGACCAGGUAAUCUAUGCAACCAAACAGCUGCGCAUUGCUGAGGCUCUUGUGUCGAGGAAGGAAGAGGGAGUUUGUGCCGGCUGCAAGCAAUCCAAGCCUAGGGAAGAGCUGCAUUUCGUCUGCGAUUGUGGCCAUUUGCUUUGCGCGAAGCAUCUCGAUGAAAAAACUUGUGGUGAGACCAACCACGAAGAACCCAGCUUUUGCCCGGCUGAGCUGGAACACAACACCGUUCCACUGGCGAAGAUUAAAACCGCACAGCGAUCCCUAGGUGGCAAUUAUAGACAGCCUGCUUCUUUCCCAACCACUUCUAUCAGCUCCAAGUCGCAGAUGAUCGCCAACGUAAUCAAGGGGACCCCCGAACAGGAAGGUGUAGUCUUGUUUGCUCAGUAUGACAACCAUAUCGAAGAGCUGAAGCACACUUUGACAGCGAACAAUAUUAAAUUCACAACUUCCGCUAACCCGCUCGAAUUCACUGAUACGAAGGUUCGACUUCUUAAGCUGAACUCCGACGAAUCCGCUGGUUCGAAUUUGCAAAGGAUUGCGAACCACGUGGUUUUUUCGUGUCCCUUGUCGGAGAGGCUCCAACAGGACUGGGAUGCGGUCAUGAGGCAGGCGAGGGGUCGGUGCGUCCGAUAUGGCCAGAAGAAGACCGUCCACGUGUACCACUUUGUGACGGCGAACACUGUUGAGGUUGACGUCCUAGAACUCCGCAAACAGAGCCACAUCUUAGUGCGUCCGGGAGAAGCCAUUGGUCGAUUUGUUCCUGCGCCGCUGGCUGAUGCGCACAUGGAUAUGCUUCAGCGUAAUGGUGUCGUUCAAGAUACUACUGCUUCUGAUGUUACUGAUGCCAACGGAGAUACGGUAAUGGCUGAUGCUAGUACUGCUGCUGCGGCGACGACUAGCACUUCGAACGCCAACCAGGACGUGGAGGAGCGUGUCAAUUCGACGCUCACACCCAGGGAUAUUUGGAAGGUGAUGAGUGAGCAGAAUUGGUUGAAUACCGUAGGCAUUGAGUAUUAAUGCGGCGGAUACGUGGCCGCAAUGUAAGUACGCUUAUGGAGGG